UUUCACACGACCAAGCUGCUCAUGGCGACCAACACGGUGCCGGCGAUGCCCUCUGUAAGCAACAUGAGCGCCCGGCUCAUCGCACCUGGAGAAGGUCCGAUCUUGAGCAAAGCGGACAUCGGUGCACGCUCGCGCUACAACGCGCAGCUCCACGUGUCGGCAGUGGCGGGCUCUCUGGUCUCGGAUCCCGAGCUGGGAGAGGCCGUCUGCGUCGUACACAGGGCAGCAAGCCUGCUUAACGGAUCCGCGGGCGAGGGUGUGGGCGGCAAAGUGGACUUGCUCACCGCCGACGUGGCGGAGGUCAAGUCCAAGCUGGCGAGCGUCGAGGCCGACAUGUCGGUGGUCAAGUCGGACAUGGCGGUGGUCAAGUCUAAGCUGGUGAGCGUCGAGGCCAUGCUGGCUGGGAUCAGGGCGGGGCAGGAAAACGUUCCGCACAGGAACGCUAACGGCAUGAGCCGGGUGCCAGACCACCCGCUGGAGCCGCUUCAAGCGGAGGUUGGAGCGAAGGUCAGCGAGUACCCACCCGCUGACCUCUUCCCGGCAAGCCUGUCCCAGGUUUGGGCCCUCAACAACGCCGCGCUGAACAACCUGGAGCAGUUUUACGGCCGUAGCUUUACAGGUCCCAGCAUGGCGGCGAGGCAGUCGAAGUUUGCGAGUUUCAUUGGGGUGUACGCGUGAAACACUUCACAAAUGUCAUCAUCUUGUACACGGUGCGCAUAUGACCAGCGGCAGCGGCGCUGGUGUGUGGCAAUGGCCAUCACCAUUUGUGGCAAGUGCCGGCGGCAUACUGGCAUGUGCAUUUAGGACUGAGACUGAGUGGCGGCGCCAUACUGGCAUGUGCAUUGAGGACUGAGACUGAGUGGCGGCGGCAUACUGGCAUGUGCAUUGAGGACUGAGACUGAGUGGCGGCGGCAUACUAGCAUGUGAAUUGAGGAUUGAGACUGAGUGGCGGCGGCAUACUGGCAUGUGCAUUGAGGACUGAGACUGAGUAGCGGGCAUACUGGCAUGUGCAUUGAGGACUGAGACUGAGGGAGCACGUGCUGCAAGUGGGGUUUGGAGGCUGCGCCUACGGCACCAGGGUGUCUGUGUGUCGGAUGCAUGUGACCUUUGGGAAUGCAUUAGCUGCUCCAAGCUGCAUGCGGGGGCAGCAACGGAAACUAAUGCAGUAAAUUAAAUGCUGUGGUAGUGUGCCCCGCCGGCUGCAUAUCUGAGGCGGCUGCGGCCUGCGUGCCUAAUUACUAGUAGAGCAGCGUGCAACUCGUCACAGCUUCCCACUAUCUGUGGGCUGCUGGACUUUAGAGUGCGAAAAGGCAUGCCUGCUGUCGUGGCCGCUGCUGAAAGAAAUGUGGUCGUAGCCUUCAUCGUAUGCGUUGGCGGUUGGGGGCAAGGGCACAUGCGUGUCGCAUGCCCAACGGACGGAGGUGAUGACUAAUGAAGGUGGGCGAUUCGCAGGGUGCCACAACAGGGUGCCACACGUCGCGUGCAACGUGUCGCGGUAUUACAAGCAUGCCAUCAUGAAGCUCUGAGACUGUGGUGACUGCCGGCCAUGGAGCGUGCUAGGACACGGCUAAGGGCGGCUAGCCAGCAGGAGAGUCGCGAGGGCGCACAUCAGGAUGCAGACGCACCGAGCCCGCUAGACAUAAUGUUAAGAGACGUGAGAGACAGACAAGCUUGCUUGUCCUUAAACAGAAGCAGCUCAUUAUGGCUACAUGAAGCGGCCAUGUUUCGUGCUUUCAUGUUGUGUAUUUGCGGCCUACUUAGCGGGAUGCCCGCAUGCUUCUGUCAGCAUGCGGGAUCCUUACUUUGAUUCGGCGAGGAAGUUUCUCUGGCCUAGAUAGUGCGGUGGCUAGACGUAUUUUUCGCCCGCUUGGUCAGGGUUCCUGGCUGUCAAGGGUGAUUUUGCGCUGCUGAGAGAGCAGGUACUGGUCAGAGGUUGGCAGGACGGCGCGUGUGAGCUGCGGAUACGUCGGGUUUUGUUUUGACGUGUGUGUUUCCAUGCUGCUUUCUACGUCUGACUUCGAAGACGCCCUAUGAACACGGCAAGCCAGCCACGCUUUGCAUGCGUAGGGCGCUUACGCCAGCCUCGAGAGGUUGGUAGCAGGCUGCAGCGGCCGGGUUUCGGGCCCACUCACAGCUGUAAGAGAGGCUAGCACGCAAGACACGAGUGUGUGUUAACGAGCACACGUAAUACAAAGCGCAAGGUCCUGUGUGCGUGUGUGUUGGUUUAGGUUUGUCCGUGCGUUGGGUGGUGUGCAAUGUGGCAGAUGACACGCGGCUGUGCGUGUACCUGCAGCAGUGACGGACUGACGCGUGCCUGCCUGUAUGCGUGCAUGGCAGUGUGGCGACAUUGAUUCCGUCCCUAGAAACUCCCCUGCUGAUAUUACAAUCGUUGCGUGUCCUUAUUCGCCGAGCGCAGCUCACACGAGCACAGGACGGGGCCCUAAUGUAGUACGGUACGCCUAAAUAAUCCCCUGCCAAUACGGUAAUACUGUGGAACC